AGACCCGUAGCUUCUCCUCAGACGCCGAGAUAAGCUUCUAGUGAUUGGGCAGCGUGCGUCCCCCGUGACGCCGGAAGGCCGUGUGAUUGGUCCGCAGAGUCCACUGCAGCUUUUCUCUGUCGCUCAAGGCUUUCUGCCACUUCUCUUUCUCUAGGCGAGCAUUCUUUGUUGGUGACUGGAGCUGCUAGUCCAGAAGGAACAGACUGAGCCAGGCGAGGCACCAUGACAACCCUGGAUGAUAAGUUGCUGGGAGAGAAAUUACAGUACUACUAUAGCACCAGUGAAGAUGAGGACAGUGACCAUGAAGACAAAGACAGACGCAGGGGAGCCCCAGCCAGUAGUGCCAUGCCUGUGGAGGCUGAGCUGGCAGGUGAAGGCAUUUCAAUCAAUACAGGUCCAAAAGGUGUGAUUAAUGACUGGCGCCGCUUUAAGCAGUUGGAGACAGAGCAGAGGGAGGAGCAGUGCCGGGAGAUGGAGCGGCUGAUCAAAAAGCUGUCUAUGAGCUGCAGGUCUCAUCUGGAUGAAGAAGAGGACCAACAGAAACAGAAGGACCUCCAGGAGAAAAUUAGUGGGAAGAUGACUUUAAAGGAGUUUGCUACAAUGGACAAGAACUUGGAUGAUGAAGAGUUUCUGCAGCAGUAUCGGAAGCAGAGGAUGGAAGAGAUGCGACAGCAGUUUCAUAAAGGGCCCCAAUUCAAGCAAGUUUUUGAGAUUCCCAGUGGAGAAGGGUUUUUAGAUAUGAUUGAUAAAGAACAGAAAAGCACCCUUAUCAUGGUUCAUAUUUAUGAAGAUGGUGUCCCAGGGACUGAAGCCAUGAAUGGCUGCAUGAUCUGCCUUGCCACAGAGUACCCCGCUGUCAAAUUCUGCCGAGUGAGGAGCUCCAUUAUUGGGGCCAGCAGUCGUUUUACCCGGAAUGCCCUUCCUGCUCUGCUCAUCUACAAGGCGGGUGAAUUGAUUGGCAAUUUUGUUCGAGUCACUGACCAGCUGGGGGAAGAUUUCUUUGCUGUAGACCUUGAAGCUUUCCUACAGGAAUUUGGAUUGCUCCCAGAAAAGGAAGUCUUGGUGCUGACAUCUGUGCGAAACUCUGCCACCUGUCACAGUGAAGACAGCGAUCUGGAAAUAGAUUGAACUGAUAAUCUAGUUCCGUAGCUAUCUCAUUGUUUGGGCUGGAGGACACAUGUCUGUAUUUAUUUCUGUCCUUCCUGUGUCUUCUGGCUUUACAGCUGUUCUUUGUAGUCUCAUUUAGUAUGUGAAAAGUCAAGAAAUUCUUAGAUUAAAUCAGAAUGCUGACUCAUUUUGUGGCUAGCAGUAAAGUGACUUCAAAUUAUAUCAACAGGAAGCUGGGUCCUUGAGCUGUUUACUUCUCUAGCGUGGCAUCUCUGAUACUGUUUCUAGUCAAUAUUGACAUGGCACCCUUGAAGGCAAUGUCUUGAAAAUUGUCUUCUGAUGACCUCAGAAUUCUACUGGGUCUGAGAGUAUAAUUCCCUAGUGAGUGUGUUCUGUGCAAUGUAAACAGUGCAUUUCCAUAAUCACUUGAUUGCAAAUCAUGUUUACUUGCAAUCAGAUGCAUAGCUGCACUUUUUUUCUCUAGAUCCUUCUCUACCAGGGUCCAUACAAGGUUGGGAAUGUAGCUCAGUGGUGAACUCUUAACCUAACAUGCACAUGACCCCAAGAUAUCUGUUUCCUAGCACUAUCAAAACUAAAGGUUCCAGAUGGUGCCUGGUGCUGUAGUUAGCUGUGGCUUCUGCUUCAGGAAUCAGUGGUCCAGUCCAGCAUAAUGAAGUAUGAACAGGAAACGGUGGUUUUUGUUGACUGCUGUCAUGUUAGAAGGCAAACAUCCUAUUGACUGACAUUGGUGUAGGUAGAGCUUGAAAACCUCAGUUGGAGGACAUUUCUGUACUCCUGCUCAUCAGUAUCUAUUCCUGUUAUUUAACAAGGUAACUUCUUUUUUAACCUCAACUUUUUAAAAAGCUUUUUUUGCCUAUUAGAAAAAAAGAUCAUAUUUAGUAGAAGAAAAUCAGCCAAAAUAUAGGUGUAAAAAUGGUUUAAAAAUAUAAUUCUGCCACCUAAAUACUGUAUGUUUUGGUAUAGUUCAUAUAUAGUUUUUUUUUUUUAUGUAUUCAUAGGAUUUGGUUUGUCUUUAAAUAACACUGAGAUCAUUCAGAGCAUACUGUCUGAUAGUAUGGUCAGCUACUAACAUCAGAUGUUUUUCAUGUUACUAAAUACUCUUCUGUAACAUUUUAAUAGCUGUUGAUAUUCCACUGAUAUACUGUAAUCUGCUUGGUGGUUGGUUUUUAGAAAGAUGGCAAACAUUUUUAUUACAAACCUUUUACUAUGAAAUGUGUUCAUCAUAGAACAUACAAUAAAAAUUAAGCUAAAAAGAUAUUUAAAAGCCAUACAGUUUUACUACUGAUAAUUACUGUCACCAUUUUUACAGAUCUCUUUAUAGCUUUAUGUGUAUGUGUGUAUUUAUAAAAUUCAUUGUCAUUCAAGUUUCUUUUUCCCUUUUGGUUAUUUAUAUGUCCUAGUAUCAGUGGAAAAGAAAUGUAAUGUGGAAGUAAAUAUUAGCUUUAGUAUGCACACUUGAGUUUUUUGGUUGCUCAGAAACUAACUGUAAAUGAGUCUUGAAAGUAUCUGUUGGGUUUAAUCAACAAAAACAGUGUCAUUUUCUGACUACGGAGCUCAUUGCACAAGUGAGAAAAAUCAUUAGGAGCAGAGACAACUGAUGUCAAUAUUCUAGUUUAUUUCUUUCCAGUCCUUUUUUCCCCCAUUCUUAAUAACAUUGAUAGUUACUGAAUUCUGUGUCCUACUUUAUGUAAUAGUACAUACUAAGAAUACUUUGGUAUAUUGUAAAAGUUCUGAAUAAAUCAGUUGCUUUAUAGUUCACCAUUUAAAUAAACCAUACCAUAUUAACUCAGUCCCUGUAUAUUAGAUAUUUAAACUCCCAGCAUUUUGCUAAAGUAUUAAACAUCUUUGUGAUUU